UUCUUGAUGAAGCUCAACAAUGAGUCGGUGACGAUCGAGCUCAAGAAUGGCACAGUGGUGCACGGCACCGUCACUGGCGUGGAUGUGCAAAUGAACACGCAUUUGAAGACGGUCAAGAUGACGGUCAAGGGGCGCGAGCCACUCUCCCUGGACACGCUCUCCAUUCGCGGCAACAACACGCGCUACUGGAUCCUGCCCGACGCCCUGCCGCUCGACGUGCUGCUGGUCGACGACGCACCGAAGCCAAAGGGCGUGCGCAAGGACGGCGGUCUCAAGCGCGGCGGCGAUCGUGGACGCGGCGGCCGUGGUGGACGGGGACGUGGCGGACCAAGAGGCCGUGGACGCGGCUUCUAG